GAAACUUUCAGGCCCAUGCGGUUUCGUCGUGGGCUUGGCGUCUCCGAGCUUUUACGCACAAAAGAGGCAAAAUCUUUCACGGCGACGUGGCACAGUAUGGCUCUGGCUCACCGACUCUGCCGUCUUCCUCGCCUCCUCCCCCUCGCCGCCGCCGCCGCCGCCUCCAAACCCUACCUCCCCGGAAAACCUAGCCCCGCGCCUCCUCCUCCCCUCUCCUCCCCGCCGCCGUUUCCCUCUCUCUCCCGCCUCUUCUCCACCACCCCCUCCUCCUCAGGUGAUUCCAGCAUGGUGGUGGUCGGAUCGGCGGAGUCCUUCACCAGCAUCAUGUCCAAGGUGGAAGCGGAGAAGCUUCCGGCCGUGUUCUACUACACGGCGGUAUGGUGCGGGCCUUGUAGAGCGAUGGCACCCGUGAUUUCAAAACUGAGCAGCCGGUACCCCAAGAUACCUAUCUACAAAGUUGACAUUGACAUGGAUGGUGUUGGAAGCAAACUAAGUGAUCUAAAAAUAUUCUCUGUGCCAACAUUCCAUUUCUACUACCAAGGUCGGAAGACAGGUGAGGUGGUUGGUGCUAAUGCGACAAAACUUGAAUCAACCAUGGAAAGUCUUCACAAGCAACUAUAGAAGUUUUGUGGAAGAAUAUGACCGGGAGGUGGCCAGAUGUCUCCAUGUGCCUUCCAUCAACGUGUUUGACAUUGAUAUUUCUGAACCUUCUGGUUGUUUUUUAUCAUGCUGAAUUCAGUACAUUGCACCUCUUGUUUAUUUAGCACAACUUUGUAUAGUCUGCAUGUCUAAUAUCAGAAUCAACGCAAACAUUCUGUUGGGAUGCAGCAACCCACUAAUUUUGUUGGGAUAGACGUGAAGGAAUUCUGGGCCUGUCAGUCCAUCCAUUGUUUUUCUGGGCCUUUGUCAUAGUUCAACCAUUCCAGUGUUGGGCUACAAGUCCCCCAGAAUUUUUUCUCGCCAUCGGCACAAGUUAAUCAUGAACCUACGAUGUUUGGCGUCUCGAAAGUGAAAAAAAAUAAAUUAAAUGCUUGAGUUUCA